AUGGCCGAGCACAUCAUCGAUGCCUCUGGCCUAACCCUCCACUUCAGCCCCGCUCAAAUCUUCAUCGGACUAGCUAUGUUAACUAUCAUCCUCCUGAGCAACGGCAAAAGCCUCCUUUUCAUGUGGCACGUACGACUCCUGCUUCAGCUAUCACGGCAUCUCCUAUUCCGCCGCCGCCAUCUGACCGUCUCCUCCGCCUCCCACGGCGCCGAGUCCCUGUUCCUCCCCGUUUUCACAUCCUCCUACACGCCCCUCGUCGACCUCGACUACAACCUCCACAAAUCCAACUCGACCUUCUUCACCGACCUCGACGCCAACCGCACCGAGCUCAUGCUCGCCCUCUUCAAGAACGUCAUGGCGCCCCUCAAACAAAACCAAACCCAAGCAAAAGCCACCACGCUAAAAACUAAAACCAUCAACCUCGGCGGCACUGCUUGUGUUUUCAAGAAACCUAUCCCGCCCUUCGCCCGCUACGAGGUCUCCUCGCGUCUGCUGUGCUGGGAUGCCAAGUGGAUCUAUGUCGUGAGCCACUUCACGAAGCCCGGCGCGAGCAAGCCGACGGCGUUUGUGCUAGGCGGGCAGGCGAAGAUGGAGAGGGGAGGGGGGAAGAAGCGGGAGGCGGGGGACGAGGGGGUGUAUGCGUCGGCGAUUGCGAGGUAUGUUUUUAAAGCGGGCAGGGUGACGGUGAAGCCGGAGGAGAUUAUUGAGGAGUGUGGGCUGCUUCCAGAGAAGGAGCCUACUGAGCAAGGAGAGAGCAAUGGAAAGGGGGAGGGGAACGCAGGAGAGGUGGGCGAGGGCCACUGGUCGCGCGAACAGGUGAUGGAGGAGUGUCGGAGGAGCUUGCCGCUCGCGCAGAACUUUGCGAGUCUUGAUCUGCUGCAUGGGACGAGGGUUGGGGGGUCGAGGCCGGCUUUGUAUGCUUAUUGAACUCUAGGUUUGCUUUUGGUGGAUGGCUAGAGGCUG